AUGUCUAACGAAAGCACUAUUAAUUGUUUAUUUCCAAUAGCUCUAAUAGACGACACUUUUCAAUCCCAACUUUCUUUUGAUUACGAAAUGUCUCUUCAUCAUGAACAAGAUACAAUAACUGGAACCAUGUUAUCUCUUAUUUAUGAACAAGAUAUAGAUACUCAAACUACAUCCUCCAUUAUCGAUGAACAAAAAAUUCAAAUUGAAUCCAAUACACCUUCUAAUGCACAUGCAAAAAGUAAUGUUUGGGAUUAUUUUACUAAGCCAUAUGGACCACCCAAAAGUCUCAAAACAAAAUGUUCUAUUUGUAAAAUCGAAAUUUCAUAUCAUGGUUCACCUUCCUCAUUAAAACACCAUUUGAAUAAUAAACAUAAAAGACAAUUACAACAAAUUCCAAAAUGA